GAGUAUAGCGGUGUCGGUGUUAGCAAGCAAUAACAUACUAUUGGUGCUGAUAUGUACUGCGGUGUUGUUUGUAGUGUGACUGUGAAUAGUUUCGAUGGACGUUUGGAAAAUUUUUUUUUUUUGUCGCUUAGUAUAAAUUGCGGUGCUGGAGGUGCAGUUGUACUUCUUUCCGUUCGAAACGGCAUACCAUCUUGUACCGGCCCUUUUUCCAAUAAACUCAUAUCAUCAUGACAAAAUAUAUCAUCGUCUCUGGAGGUGUCAUUUCCGGUAUCGGUAAGGGCGUCAUUGCAUCCAGUACUGGCACCUUGCUCAAGAGUUUGGGUCUUCGUGUUACUGCUAUCAAAAUCGACCCUUACCUCAACAUUGAUGCUGGUUUGAUGAGCCCUCUUGAUCACGGUGAAGUUUUUGUCCUUGACGAUGGUGGCGAAGUCGACUUGGAUCUUGGAAACUACGAACGCUUCCUUGAUGUCACCUUGACCCGUAUCAACAACAUCACUACUGGCAAGAUCUAUCGUGAUGUUAUUGAAAAGGAACGUCGUGGUGACUACUUGGGCAAGACCGUGCAAGUGGUUCCUCACAUCACCGAUGCUAUUCAAGACUGGGUCGAGAGAGUAGCUUCUAUCCCUAUCGAUGACUCUGGUGAACGCCCAGAUGUCUGCAUCAUCGAACUCGGUGGUACGGUUGGUGACAUUGAGUCAGCUCCUUUCGUUGAGGCUAUGCGUCAAUUCCAGUUCAGAGUGGGUCAAGAAAACUUUGCUUUGAUUCACGUGUCCUUGGUCCCCGUUGUUGGAUCGGUUGGUGAGCAGAAGACCAAGCCUACUCAAGCCAGUAUUCGUGAUCUUCGUGGUGCUGGUUUGACACCUGAUUUGAUUGCAUGCCGUUCCUCCAAGCCUCUUGAAGAUGGUGUCCAGGCCAAGAUUUCCAUGUUCUGCCACGUUGGCCCCGAUCAAGUUUUGGCUGUACGUGACGUAUCUUCUGUGUACCACGUUCCUAUCUUGUUGCGUGAGCAAGGUGUUGUGGACUAUUUCCGUCGACGUCUCAACUUGGAUUCUCUCGUCGUCUCUGAUGAACGCAAGUUGGCUGGUAAAAAACUUUGGGAUGACUGGAACGAUUUGGCUCAAACCUAUGACCGUCUUUACGAUACCGUUGAAAUUGCUUUGGUUGGUAAAUACACAAACCUUCACGACUCUUACAUCUCUGUCUACAAGAGUUUGGAACACGCUGCCUUGGCCUGCAAGCGCAAGUUGACUGUCAGAUGGAUUGAAGCCACUGACCUUGAGCCAGAGACCCUCAAGACCAACCCUAUCAAGUAUCACGAGUCGUGGCAAAACCUUUGCUCAGCUAACGGUAUUCUUGUUCCUGGUGGUUUCGGUAACCGUGGUACUGAAGGAAAGAUCAUGGCUGCCAAGUGGGCUCGUGAGAACAAGAUCCCUUACCUUGGUAUCUGCCUUGGUAUUCAGAUCGCUGUCAUGGAAUUCGCCCGUAAUGUCUGCGGUAUGCCCGACGCUCACUCUGCUGAACUUGACCCUAAUACCACUUGCCCCGUUGUUAUCUACAUGCCUGAAAUCUCAAAGACUCACAUGGGUGGUACCAUGCGUCUCGGUACUCGUCCUACUGUCUUCCAAGAAGGUACUGAAGGAUCCAUUGCUCGUCGUUUGCACGGUGGUGCCCAGACUGUCAACGAACGUCACCGUCACCGUUAUGAAAUCAACCCUGAGUAUGUUCCCGUCUUCGAAGAAAAGGGUCUUCGUUUCGUUGGCAAGGAUGAGACUGGCGAGCGUAUGGAAAUCAUUGAAAUGGAAGGUCACCCUUACUUCGUUGGUUGCCAAUACCACCCUGAAUACUUGACCAGACCAUUGAAGCCCUGCCCUCUGUUCCGCGGUUUGGUCCUCGCUGCCACUGGCCAAUUGGACACCUAUCUCAACCAACAACAGUAAGGUAGAGUCUUGCGGAAACAAUAUUCGGAGGUAAUUGAAGACGGGGAGUUUCGACUGGUUGGUGCAUGCACCUUUUAUAUUUCUCUUCCUUCAUUCGAAUGCUAUCAUUCUGUUGUACCAUUUCACUUCUUUUUUACUCCCUUUUGAAUAUCUUUUUGUCAUUCCGGACAAUAUACAUAAUUGCAUAAUUUCAUUUUUCAUCGUGUUGAGUACCGGUCACUGUGAGAGAUAACUCCUUUCCUCUUACAUACCUGCACUCGCACGAAUUUUUUUUUUCCAUCACUCUAGACUGUAACAAAAGAAACUGCAAUAGAUUUGUUUUCAACCCUGUAACUUUUGGAUUUAU